GGUCAUUUCACUUUAUGCCUUCCAUCUCUGUUAUCAAAGAACGCUUCGCACUUGCCGCUUCCAUUGAGGAACGCGAGCAAGUCGUUGCCGAACAUGCCAUCGCCGGUUCACGAGAUUGGUAUUACUACCAAGGUCUAUUGACCUUGCAAAAGCUACGCGCGGAAUUCGAUAAGGACCAAAUGACGACUAAGAGCCGGGAUCCAUCGCCUGCGGAAUCCGAUUUAAUGCAAAAGAUGCAGAAAUUGCUGGAGGAUUUCGAACGCGCAGGGGAAGACCAUCAGCGCUACAAAGAACUAAAAACACGAUACCAUCUUUUGACUUACCCUAUUGAUACUGCGCGAUCUUUACGAUUCAUUGGCGAGGAACUUCAGCUCGACACUCCAUCGGAACAGGUUUCCGCUGAACAGGAUGCUGGCUCUCGUAUGAAUUACCCGACAUCUCUCGAUAACCAGCUAAUCGACCCUCGGUACGUCGUCCGUCAAUGCAUGCAAGAUAUCGCCAACUCUGAAUCCGGGGCUAUGAUGAAUAUCGAGCCUGUGGCUAUUCCUGUGGCUCUGGAACUGUUAAAGGAAGGGACAUCCAAGCGCCAAGAAGAAGCCUUGUUACGCAGACUGUUACAGCAGCCCCAGUCCUCUGACUUGGUCGGAGUUUCCGAACGGUUGGCGCAGCUGUGGCGGGAGCAAGAAUUGCGCACUAUUUUGGAUACCUGGCCCUUGUACAACCUAACACUGGACCAAAUGAAUACCUUACAAAACCUUUUGCCCAACAUAUUGGAAGCGCCUCAAUUCGUGCAAACUUACAUCAACAAACUCGUACCGGAAGCCUAUGUUGCCAAAGAAUCCACCAACUCUAGUGUCGAUUACUGGGAUGAUCAAGAACGAACACUCGAACAGUAUCUGAAGGCGCUUUCGCAGUUUGUGGAAACACUGCCAAACACUUACUCUGAGCUCAAAUCAAAGAUCUUGUUUCAUCAACUCCGAAUCGACAUUGUUCGCAAUGAAUGCGAGGAGGCUCGCUUUGUAAAUUAUCUCCACCAUUCACGCAUCAAAGAUGUACCUCAGACCAAAGCACCUUUUUCUGGAGGCAACAAUUUUUCGCCAGUCAACAGCAUCAAUUUAACGAUCCCAUUCCUUGGCGAUAGCAAGAUCAGUUAUGAAGACGAUAUGGAGGUCAUCAAAGCGUACCUGACUUGCCUCAUUUCAUCCGGAAAGCUCUCAUCUCUGGAAUCUUUGUCGAGUUAUUUUAGCUUUAACGACUUUCUCAAGCCAUUCGAAGCUACGGUACUGUUGACCCACAGCGAGCAUCAGAGUGCAGAAUGGUCCAGAACAUUAGGCGACCAAGCAUUCGAAUCUCUUGUGGAGCGAUCUGAGCUCACCUUUACCGAGUCGACCGAGCAUCUAAAGUGCACACGGCGCCCAGAUGACGCCAUCAAUCUAACGGUUCGAUUCAAGAAUAUGGCUCACAUUACGGUCCGCGUGUAUGAAAUUGAUCUUUUCAACUACUGGCGCCGUCAUCCUGAGAGCAAGGAAAUUGAAAGCAGCAAUAUCGAUCUCAACGGUGUAUAUCCUGCAUGGGAAAAACAAUUCGACUUUUCCGACAAGCCGUCCAUUCGUGUCUUUACUGAAAACUUUACAUUUGGACCCAACGGUCUUGCAGAGGACAUUUUCAAUGGCCGCGGAGCAUGGAUUAUCGAUUUUGUUGGCGGUCGCGACCAGUGUCGAGCCAUCGUACAAAAGGGCCAUUUGCAACCGGUUAUUCAAGAGACAUCAGCGGGUCAUCUUAUCGAAAUCCUCGAUGAGGACAGACAGGUGUUGACAGACACUUGCAAGAUUUGGAAUGGCAGUUCAUACUUCGAGCCCGGAGAAACUGGCAGUAUCUUGCUGCCAUAUCGCUUGGAAGAUGCCAAAGAAUCAAAAGUCCUGCUUACCAUGUCAGAUGGAUACUCACAACCUGUGGAUUUCUUUCAUCAGAAAGAGAUUUACACUUUCGACGGCUAUUUCUAUGUUAAUUCCGAAGCACUUCUUCCCAACAAAAAGGCCGAGGUGGUCGUUCUUCCCGAACUAAGAGUUCACGGACAGGAAGCAUCUCUGUCUUUAUUAGAGGAUAUUGCCUUGGUUAUUGAAGCGGUCGAUGCUCAGGGAGUUAAAAGCCGUACGACCGUCUCAGACCUUACCAUUAGCAAGCAUCAAGCCAUCCAGCAUUCAUUUACAGUGCCAAACUCCUUGAGCGCCAUCAAUUUUACAUUGACUGCCAAUGUGAAAUGUUUAUCAGCACAGCAACCCUCUCAGCGUGUGGAAAUUGCAGAGCAAGUCACUGUAAGCACCUCUGAAUCGAACUCCAUUAUCAGCACACAUCUGCGAUCCUCGGCGGAAGAGGGUUACUUUAUUUACGUUUGCGGCAAAAAUGGCGAGCCCAUAAAGAAUCAUGUGGUGGAGAUUUCCCUCAAACACAAAAUGUUAACCAACAACAUUACUGUGCACUUGCAAUCGGAUAAUGAUGGUGUUAUUGCCCUUGGACAGAUCAAAGACGUUGCUUGGCUCCACACGCCAUACAAGUUCUGGAACGUGGCGGAAUACAUCACGGAACUGCCUCCCUUCAUUACAGCAAGAGCCAAUACCGAGUUCAAGGUUCCCUAUCAACCAACAGCAGAAGGACGCCAGUACAGCAUGUUCCAAACUGGUUUCAGAGGCAACGCAUUGCAUGACGUUUCGGCCCAUGUCCAUUGCGAGAGCACUUUCCUCACCAUUUCUGGCUUACAAGAAGGAAAGUACAAGCUGUUCUUGGCCGAUACCCCCGAUGGAGCUCAGUCGAUUGAAUGCACCAUCAUCGAUACCCAAGCAUCCCACCCGUUGAACAACAAAACGUAUUGGGCUUCCUGGCUUUUUGGUCGUUCGCUGUGUGGCGAGGGUAGUGGUUCCUUGGUCACCAGUCCCUUAAGCGUCGAACAUGUCGCCUCUACUGAUGAAAAGCUUCAGUUCCAGGUUAACAAUGGCAACAAUUACCCAGCCUUGGUGCUGCUGACUACCUCGACUUUUGUUCCGCUUUCUUCCUAUAGCCUAAGUGCUAAAACGGUGAAGAAUCGAACCCUUCGAUGGCUGCCUCAAUCGUACUCCACGAUUGAUACUCCCUCUAUUUUCAUGUCUGGACGGAAGCUCAGUGAGGAGCAUCAAUACAUUAUGAAUCGUCAACGUGCUGUGAAACGUGUGGGAAGCACGCUCACAAAACCGUCGUUGCUCAUUAACCCAAUGAAACACGCAUCGACAGAUACAAGCGCUCGCCAUUUAGCCGAAGAAAAUGACUUUGUACAUAUUGGCAAGAAAAAGAGAAAAGUUGGCUCAAGAUAUUUUCCUACCGAGGCAGCCUAUUGCUGUGCCGCACCCAUGAAUACCAAUUACAUGAUAGCUGAUACUGGUUUCCUUGAUUAUCAAUACCGUGUGCUGCAACUUCAACCUGGCUCCAACGGAGAAUUGCAUAUUGAUCGAUCCGAACUCGGUGAUGGUAACAUUCUACAACUUGUUGUAUUGUCCGGAGAACAGAGAAUAGCCAAACGGAUGGUCCUCGAAGGUGCUUCAUUGGAUCUUCAGACAACCAAUCUGUGUCAGCAAGCUCAAGGCAUUGAUAAAACGAAAGCCUAUAUCCAACCAAAAUGUGUGCGUGUAUUGAACGACAACGAUUCCUUCACGUUACCUUCGCAACAUAAAUGGGAAAUGGUGAACACCUUCCAGAAGCUCUUCCACCUUAUCGAAGUACUGUCGCCUGAGGUAUUUUCCGCUGAUCUUGCCGAAUUCUCUUUCUUGGUGGACUGGCCCACCUAUGAUGUUUCAAGAAAGCUUGAAACUUAUCGAUAUCACGAUUGUUAUGAAUUGGCUUUAUGGUUGAAACAUAAAGAUCAAGCAUUUUUCACGCAAUACAUUUUACCCACAAUUCAGAGCAAGAUCCAAAAAUCCUUUAUGGAUUGGUACCUAGUCGACGGUGACUUGACGGCCUUCGCUGAGAAUAUGCACAGCUAUCGACAAUUAAGCAUCAUUGAAAAAGCUUUAUUGGCCAAAUCGGUUCCGUCCUCACUCCCGAGUAUUCUUCAGGACUUCAAAGACACAUAUGAAGCGACGGCUGAAGUGCUCGACGACAGAAACUUUGAGGCUGUGCUUGCUGGAGGUGUUCUAGAAACAUUGGAUCAAGAUAUUGGUAUGGCUUUAUACGAUGCGCCUAUAGCUUUGGAGACAGCCAGUCGAAGCUAUGUGCCGCCGCCAGCCAUGUUUGGAUCGGCUCCUACUCCUCGUGCGGCUAUGUAUUCACUCUCUUCAGCAGCUCCUCGUAUGGCCAUGCGCAUGCAAGCAAAUGAAAAUGAAGAACCGGAGAAUGAUGAGAGUGAAGAAGAAACUCCCAGUCCGACGGAAGAAGGUGACCAGAAAGAUAUGGAAGAGCAAGCAUUACGAGAACAGGUCAAGCGACACCAAAAGAAGGAGCCGUUCAAGUUUGUCAAGCCGACCAGUGAAUGGAUCGAGAAGGGAUAUUAUAAGGAAUCUGAAGACCAAAACGCACUACAAGCAUCCCAGUUCUGGAUCGACUACCUUGCUUCCGAAACUUCAAAGUUCUUGACUGGCACCUUCAUCCAUGCUACAAGAAGCUUCACGGAAAUUAUGAGCGUGCUCGCGUUGCUGUCUCUUCCGUUUGAAAAUGCCUAUCAAACUCAGCUUUCUUCUGAGGAGUCUGGCCACUUGACCAUUAGCUCCUCUGGUGCCUGUCUUUUGUUCCACCGUGCGCUUGAGGAAACCACGACACCGGCACCGGCAAAUCCAACGGUUCUUCUGGGUCAAUCAUUCUUCUUGAACGAAGGAACAGCGGCAGCUGCAAAUGAUUCUUCCAUUAAUCCUGACGAUUUCCAGCCAAGCACAGAUUAUAAAUGGCACCUUGCCGUCAGCAAUAUCUCAUCGGAGCGCUGUAUUUGCCAGAUCACGGCUCAAAUACCUACUGGCGCGAUUCCGACGGGCAACACGCAGUACUGCAUAUCCAAGUCCAUUGGCAUCGAGCCUUACUCUACGUGGCAUGAUGUUAUUGGUAGCUUCUAUUUCCCUGCCAGUGGAAACUUUACGGUGAUGCCGAUCACUGCUGCUCAAGACAACGUGCUGUUGAAUCAGACCCAGCCACUGAACAUUACCGUUGAUCAGAUUGUCUAUGAUUCUCAGAAAGAACGCCCAUGGUCUCUUGUCGCCGCCAAAGGCUCCAGUGACGACGUUAUUCAGUAUCUCGGGAAAUAUAAAAAUCUGCGCAAUCUCGAUAUGUCCCUCAUUGGCUGGCGAAUGAUGAACGCCACCUUUGCUUCCGAAGUUUUCAAGGUUCUCCGUCAACGUCGCUUCUAUACGGAAAGCUUAUGGCAGUACGGCGUUCACCACGGCCUGGGUGAUGUUGUUCGCGAAUUACUGGAAGAAAAUGGCACGCUAUUGAAGAAAGCGGGUUACGUAUUGGACACUCCAUUGGUCUCUGCCCGACCCGAACAGACAGGUGUACUCGACAUUUUGGAUUAUUACCCCUUGAUUCAUGCUCGAGCUCAUCGGUUGGGAUCGAAACAUGAGAUUCUUAACAAGCAGUUCGCCAAGCAAUAUGACGCUUUCUUGGAGUACCUUGGGCAAAAGCACGAAGCUACUGGCACCGACCUCACGGUUAUUUGUACGUAUUUGCUUAUCCAGGAUCGUAUUGAAGAGGCAUCCGCCGUCUAUCGUCAAGCUAGCCAGCUGGGAGUGUCAUGCCAAAUUCAAUUCGAUUACAUCGGUGCUUAUCUGCGUACUCGUACUCUUGUGAAGGAUGUGGACAGCGCGUUUGACCUCAGCGACGUCCGAGAGAUCACAAAGAAAUACCAUGAUUGCGGUAGCCUCCGAUGGCGCGAACUGUUUGCCAGUCUGGAGGACUACAUUGACGAGAUUAGCAGUACUUUGGCCAACGACAACCUGACCACGACAUACGAGCGACGUCUUACAAAGUCUAUGCAAAAGGAACCAUUGCUGGACCUCCAAGUUGAAAACAACCAGCUUGUGCUUCAGUAUGCCAAUAUUCAGCAGCAAGUCCAGAUUCGGUAUUACAAGAUGGACGUGGAAAUUAUGUUUUCCAAUAGUCCGUUCAUGGCGCAUACCGGAAAAACGAAGCAUCAAGAUUACGAUUGGAUUAAACCCAACUAUAUCGAAUGGCAUAUGCUGGAAUUCAACCACCAGUCCGAGACAAGCGAUGGCUUCGAAAUGAUCGGUUUAGCACCUUCCUCUCUGGAGACCAAAACGAUCGAGAUCCCCGAAAGUAUGCGCAACAGCAACAUGAUGAUCGAGGUGAUUGGUGAAGGGUUCCAGAGGCAACAGAUUCAUUUCGCUCAUCAAUUAACGGUGCAUGUUUCGGAAAUCUUCGGUUUGAUCCGUGUGGGCCACUUAAAACAAGUCUUGGCAGGCGCCUAUGUGAAAGUGUAUGCUCGUCUCAAGAACGGACGAGUGGAGUUUUGGAAGGAUGGUUACACGGGGCUAAACGGAACGUUCGAUUACGUGAAUAUUACGGAGGGCAACGCAUUAGUUGCUGGUGAAGAACUCCAGAAAGUGGUAGAAACUCGGGUAGAUAAGUUUAGUAUUUUAGUCGUUAGUGAAAAUGCGGGUGCUGUGGUACGGGAAGCGUUUCCGCCUGUCACCAUAUAAUGAAUAAAUUGGGACCGUUGUAUGGUUGAACACAAAAAAAAAACUAUGCAGCGGCUGAUUAUUUUCCCAAAUAUAAAUCCCAAUGCAGUAAAAAAGCUUUUUUACAUCCAUAUCAGAUGGUGUUACUUGCCAAAACGAAAGGGAAUUUGGAC